UCCGGGCGCCCUGGCGGCCGCGGGCUCCGCGUCAGCAGCCGCGGCGGAGCGAGGCCGCGUCGGCCGCGGGUUGGAGCAGCUCAGGUGCGGCCCCGCCCCUCCCGCCAGCGGCCCCGCCCCGGCCCAGGUGAGCGGCCCCGCCUAGCUGCAGGUUGGGAGAACAGUGUGUCCCAAAGAAGAACAUCUUUUAACACCUAGUCAUUGGGGAUGAUAGUAGAUUCCCAAUGGAGGUUCCCCCAGCAACCCAGCUCGGUGAGACCUUUGUAUUUGAGGGUGGGUUGGCGAUGCAACAAGAUCUUUUCCCAGAGGAGGACCUGGGGGACCCUUUUCUUCAGGAAAGGGGUUUAGGGCAAAUGGCUGUUAUCUACAAGGAGAUCCCUCUUGGGGAACAAGACGAGGACCCCGAUGAUUAUGAGGGCAAUUUCAGCCUGUGCUCCAGCCCCAUUCAGCAUCAGACUUUGCCCCCACUAGACAGAUCCCAGGAUGAUGAAAUAUUUGACCAAACCUUCCUCCCCAAAUCAGACCUUAGUCCAUUUCAGAUUAUCCAUGGUGGAGGAGAACCCAGUAAACAGGAUGGCGAGAAGGUAGGCAGGGUACACUUGGGACCUCGCGAGCCUCGCAGGACCGCACAACCAGCCAAGCCCUAUGCGUGUCGGGAGUGCGGGAAGGCCUUCAGCCAGAGCUCGCACCUCCUCAGGCACCUGGUGAUCCACACCGGGGAGAAGCCCUAUGAAUGCUCCGAGUGCGGCAAGGCCUUCAGCCAGAGCUCGCACCUCCUCAGGCACCAGAUAAUCCACACCGGGGAGAAGCCCUACGAAUGCCAAGAGUGUGGCAAAGCUUUUCGCCAGAGCUCAGCCCUCGCGCAGCACCAGAAAACCCACACCGGGAAGAGACCUUAUGAGUGCAGGGAAUGUGGGAAAGAUUUCAGCCGGAGUUCAAGUCUCCGAAAGCACGAGCGGAUCCACACGGGAGAGAAACCUUAUCAAUGUAAGGAGUGUGGGAAAUCCUUCAACCAGAGUUCAGGCCUGAGCCAGCAUCGGAAAAUUCACACCCUGAAGAAGCCUCACGAGUGCGACCUCUGUGGGAAGGCCUUCUGCCACCGGUCCCAUCUCAUCCGGCACCAGAGGAUCCACACGGGCAAGAAGCCCUACAAGUGCGAAGAGUGCGGGAAGGCCUUCAGCCAGAGCUCCAACCUCAUUGAACAUCGGAAGACCCACACCGGCGAGAAGCCCUACAAAUGCCACAAGUGUGGGAAAGCCUUCAGCCAGAGCUCCUCCCUCAUCGAGCACCAGCGGAUCCACACGGGGGAGAAGCCCUACGAGUGCGGCCAGUGUGGGAAGGCCUUCUGCCACAGCUCUGCCCUGAUUCAGCACCAGCGAAUCCACACGGGCAAGAAACCCUACUCCUGCAAUGAGUGCGGCAAGGCCUUCCGGCACAGGUCGGCCCUCAUCGAGCACUAUAAGACCCACACCAGAGAGAAGCCCUACGAGUGCAAUAAAUGCGGCAAGUCCUUCCGGGGGAGCUCACACCUUAUUCGACAUCAGAAAAUUCAUGCUGGGGAGAAGCUAUAGG